AUGGCUUGCCUAAUUCUCUGCUCUCCGUCCUUGCCAUCUUCUCCCAACCAACGCCAAUGGAAUAAGCUUAUCAAACAGCAAGCUCUCAGUGGCAACAUGGAACAAGCAAUUUCCAUGUUCGUGAAGAUGCUAGAAGCAGGAAUCAGCGGUGAUAAUUUCACGUUCCCGAUCGUACUCAAGGCGGCCGCUUGUCUUUCAUCCGCAUCUACUGGUGCCAGCAUUCAUGGCCACACCAUAAAAACCUGCUUCUCGAUUCAUGCUUUUGUGCAGACCGCUCUCAUCAACAUGUAUUCGACGCUUGGACACGUCGAACAUGCUCGUCUGGUGUUUGAGAAGAUGUUGCAUAAAGAUCUGAUUUCUUGGAAUUCCAUGCUCGAUGCGUAUGCUUCUCGUGGGCAGAUGGAUGAUGCCGUCAAGUUGUUUGAUACAAUGCCCGUUAGAGAUAAGGUUUCUUUCAAUAUCAUGGUCUUUGGGCUUUCGAAUAUUGGACGGGAAGAUUUAGCAGGGCAGAUGUUCGAUGGAAUUCCUGUUAAAGAUGUUGUCUCAUGGAAUUCGAUGAUUUCUGCCUAUGUCAAGGUGGGAAAGAUUGAUGCAGCUCGCGGUUUAUUUGAACGGAUGCCAGAAAGGAAUGUAGUCUCUUGGAAUGCGAUCAUUGCUGGUCAUGUACAAAGUCAUCGCUACAUUGAAGCCGUUGAUUUGUUCUAUGAUAUGAAGGCCCAUGUCGUUAAGCCUAACCAUCUGACUCUGGUGAGUGUCUUAUCUGCAUGCGCCCACAUGGGUUCGCUUGAAAUUGGAAGAAACAUGCACAUCCAUGCAAUGGAAACUGGACUCGCAUCAGAUCACUGUGUAGCCACGGCGCUGAUAGAUAUGUAUGCAAAAUGUGGCAGUAUAGAAAAUGCUCUUGAGGUGUUUUACAAGUCUCAGGAGAAGGAUGUAUUCUGCUGGAAUUCAAUGAUUUCAGGACUGGCAAUUCAUGGCCAUGGCCAAGCUUCCAUAAAGCUCUUCCAUGACAUGAGAAGCCAAGGCGUGAAGCCUGACGAUAUAACCUUCAUUGGCCUUCUGAGUGCAUGUAGCCAUUCAGGGUUGGUAGAGGCAGGCUGCCGCAUCUUCACAUACAUGGACGAACACGGCAUUUCACCCAAGUCAGAGCACUAUGGAUGCAUGGUUGAUCUUAUGGGCCGUGCGGGGCUGCUUGAUAAUGCUAAUGAGAUCAUUGAGAGCAUGCCAUUUGAGCCUGGAGCGAGCGUCUUGGGUGCAUUGCUUAGUGCUUGUGUUGUUCAUAGGAAUGUGGAGAUGGGCCAGAUCAUCGCCGAGCGGGCUGCAGCUAGAGCUGAUUGUAUGAGUGAUGGGGAGUAUAUGAUGCUGGCUAACAUGUAUGCAACAUGUGGGAGGUGGGCAGAUGCAAGUAGAUGGAGGGCUGUGAUGAAUGAUGCAGGGAUUAGUAAAACAGCUGGUUGUAGCAUGAUUGAGGUUAAUGGUAGAUUGCACAGGUUUCUGGCUGGUGAUCUUAAAUGA